UCCACGUGUUAUUUUCUUUCGUAUCCCUUCAUCUCUCCGUACAGACUGAAAGUUUAAAACAAAUCAGUAGAGAAGGAGCGAAAAAGAAAGAAAGAAAGAAAAAAGCUAAAAGCCAUGAACAGGAAUUUGACGGUAGCUGCGUUAGCGGCUCUAGUGGCAAUCCUCUCCAUCCUCAUAACGAGUCCCAUCAAUCCCUUUGCUCCACCUCCAUUACCAUCAUCUCAUAAUCAUCUCCAAUCUGCUAAGGUCGUUCCAGUCGCCGGAGCCGUUGGACCGGAGAGCCUGGUCUUCGAUCGCAAUGGAGAAGGACCCUACACUGGUGUGGCUGAUGGAAGAAUUCUCAAGUGGCAAGGAGAUGGCCGCGGCUGGGUUGAUUUUGCCACUACCACUUCCAAUAGGAAGGAGUGCACUCGCCCGUUUGCACCAGAAUUGGAGCAUGUGUGUGGAAGGCCCCUGGGACUGCGGUUUGAUAAGAAAACUGGAGAUCUUUACAUUGCUGAUGCCUAUUUAGGUCUUCAAGUAGUAGGUCCAAAUGGAGGUGUAGCCAAGCCAGUGGUCUCUGAAGUUCAAGGCCAUCCCUUGCGCUUUACCAAUGAUGUGGAUAUUGAUGAGGAGGAAGAUGUGAUUUACUUCACAGAUACAAGCAAAAUCUUCCAACGAAGGCAAUUUAUAUCCGCAAUCUUGAAUAAAGACACAACAGGUAGAUUGCUGAAGUAUGAUAAAUCAAGCAGCGAAGUCAAAAUUUUACUUGAAGGCCUUGCCUUUGCCAAUGGAGUAGCAUUGAGCAAGGACCGCUCUUUUGUGCUAGUAGCUGAAACCACCACUUGUCAGAUUUCAAGGUAUUGGCUUCGAGGUCCAAAUGCCGGAAAGGUUGAAGUUUUCGUAAAGCUUCCAGGAUUUCCGGACAAUAUCAGAAGAAAUUCAAAAGGGGAGUUUUGGGUAGCUUUGCAUUCCAAGAAAGGACUUAUUGCAAAGUUGGCUCUUUCAAGUUCAUGGAUUGGAAAGGGACUGUUAAAACUUCCAAUUAGCUUGAAGCAACUGCAUUCACUGUUAGUAGGAGGGAAGCCACAUGCAACUGCUAUAAAGCUGACUGAGGAUGGGAAGGUUCUGGAAGUUUUAGAAGAUUGUGAUGGAAAGACAUUAAAGUUUAUAAGUGAAGUUGAAGAAAAGGAUGGGAAGCUGUGGAUUGGAUCAGUAUUGGUGCCUUUCCUUGGUGUUUACGAUUUGUAGAAGAGAUGCGGCUCAUUAUAUGAAGGGUUUUUAAGUAAUUUGCUUCCUUUAGAUUCUGGGAAUGAUUUUGUGCUUUCACACUUGAGAAAUAGAACUUUUUGUCUUAAUCAAACUGGUCUGUGGUCAGCGUACUUAUAGGUAAAAAUAUUAUCACCUUUUAAUAAUAAUAAUAAUUAUUAUUAUUAUUUUUUA